ACAUGCGGCCCUGACCUCAACGCCAAGAAGUCCCUUGACAUCUGCCUACUUACUCGGAGGCUCGUAUUAUACAUCCUUAACUCCAACCUCUUUGUUCCUUCCUCACAUCUCUCCAACAUAUGCACGUUCUGCGAACCUGAGUCGAGACGUCGUAUCCUGCGUUUGCAGUUCUGUCGUGAGAUUGAGACGACCGCAUCUCGCUCGCUUUUCCGAGUCAACGCCACCGCCGUAAGACCACGCGAACGCUUCUCUACAAUACUUCGAUCCCGCUUCCCCUUCGACAUCUAGCACAUCAUCCCCGAGACCCGCAGCCUCUGCGCAACUUCUUCACACGCCCCUCUUAAGAUGGCACCGAAGCGCAAGGCACAGACCCAGGAGGUUGCGGCGGAGGAUGGCUUUGAGUUGGAGCUUGAGGAAGCGGCAUUGUCGGAUCAAGAAACGUACGACAAAGUUCGAAAUCAGUUCGACGCGGUGGCUUUAAGCAAACGAGCUCGGGCUGAACGUGGCACGGAUGCUGCCUCGUUCAUGUUUAAGAAGUGUGAUCAGUGGGACUCCAACCUGAAGCCUGAUCAUAUGAACCGCCCGCUGUGGAUUGACGACGCGGGACGCAUCAUUUUAGAAUCAUUCAGUCCAAUAUUUGAUGAAGCACAGGACUUCCUGAUCAAUAUUGCAGAGCCGCAGUCGCGCGUUUCCCGUAUGCAUGAGUAUUCUUUAACCACACAUAGUCUAUUCGCUGCCGUCUCAGUCGGACACUCAACCAAGGAAAUCAUGCAAAGGCUAGAGAAAUACUCCAAAACGCCAUUAUCUCCUACGCUCUGCAAGUUUAUCGAGGGCUCUACGUCGUCAUUUGGUAAAGCAAAGAUAGUUCUGAAGAAAACGCUUUCAUAUAUCGAGAGUGACGAUCCUACAAUAUUACAAAGGCUGUUGCGCGACCCACAGAUUGCACAAUGCAGAGCGGACACCACUGAUGGUUUGAUACAGGAGGCCGCUCCCCAAAUUGGCGUCAUGGCAAUUCCUGGAACAAAGUUGGCCGCCGGAGCAAAACAAGUGACACAAACUACGGAGCCGGAUCAGAAUCCUGAUAAUCCACAGAAUGUCCAGAAUCCCGGCGAUAUGAUAGCCGCGCUUAGGGAAGACGAUGAGGACGAGGAGGUUGCGCAAGUCCAUUCAUUCCAGAUCAACAAAGCAGACCGAGAGAACGUGAUUAAGCGAUGCCUUGCCAUUGGACUGCCGCUGACAGAGGAGUACGACUUCAAUAACGACGACGUCAAUCCAAAUCUGGAGAUUGAUUUACAACCUCAUGCUCAAAUUCGGUACUAUCAAGAGAAGGCACUAAGCAAGAUGUUCUCCAAUUCCCGUGCACGAUCGGGAAUCAUCGUUCUUCCCUGUGGUGCUGGUAAAACCCUUGUCGGCAUUACCGCAGCCUGUGGAGUAAAGAAAUCCGCACUCGUACUUUGCACGAGUGCUAUGUCUGCCGUGCAAUGGCGAGCAGAAUUCUUGAAGUGGUCCAAUAUAAGUCCCGACGACAUCGCAGUGUUCACAGCCGAGAACAAGCAAGCCUUUCCCCGACAGGCAGGUAUUAUCAUCAGUACAUACACUAUGAUCACUGGCUCCAAAACACGAUCCUAUGAUUCCGAGAAGGUGAUGAAAUUCAUCACUGAGCGCGAGUGGGGCUUGUUGAUCGCAGACGAGGUACACGUCGUACCAGCGAACAUUUUCAAGAAAGUUACAUACAACAUUGCUUCUCACGCGAAGCUUGGUCUGACAGCUACCCUUUUGCGAGAGGAUGACAAGAUUGAAGAUUUGAACUUUCUGAUAGGGCCCAAACUAUACGAAGCCAAUUGGCAGGAGCUUUCAGAGCAAGGCCACAUAGCAAGAGUCCAGUGUGCCGAGGUUUGGUGCCAAAUGACUCCGGAGUUCUACAGCGAAUGGUUAAAGCCGUCGACAGUCCAGAAGCGAGCAAUGUUGUCGAUCAUGAAUCCACGAAAGUUCCAGGCAUGUGAAUUUCUCAUCAACUAUCAUGAGGCACGUGGCGAUAAGAUCAUUGUCUUCUCCGACAAUGUAUAUGCGUUAGAGAAAUACGCACGAAAACUGAAAAAGGCAUACAUUUAUGGCGGUACGCCGCAGGCGGAACGACUUCGCAUCUUGGAGAACUUCCAACACAACGAAGCCAUCAAUACCAUCUUCCUCUCGAAGAUUGGGGACACCAGUCUAGAUCUCCCAGAGGCGACGUGUCUCAUCCAGAUAUCCUCGCACUACGGCUCGCGCCGUCAAGAAGCCCAGCGUCUGGGCCGAAUCCUAAGAGCGAAGCGCCGAAAUGACGAAGGCUUCAACGCGUUCUUCUAUUCACUGGUAUCAAAGGACACAGACGAGAUGUAUUACUCAUCUAAACGUCAAGCCUUCCUUGUAGAUCAAGGGUACGCUUUCAAGGUCAUCACACGCUUGGAAGGAAUAGAGCAACAGCCCACUCUAUCGUUCCGCACUCCACAAGAAAGGCGUGAACUGCUACUUGAAGUGUCACUCGCCAACGAAUCAGAGCUUGGCGAGGAAAGGAUUGCUGGAGAUCUCUUUGGUAGCAAAUUCGCAUCCAAGGGAGGCAAAGCCAAGCGAGCGGGAGCGAGACGUACAGCUGGAACGUUGUCUGACUUGUCUGGAGGGCAAGACAUGGCAUACAUCGAAACUAACAAAAGCCGGAACAAGGAACUCAAGAAGAAAGGCGUCCAGAACAACUUCCUCAGGAAGAUGCAGACAUCUCACUCGAACCUUAAAAAGGCGAACAAAUAAGUUCACAACUAGACCAUUGAUUCGUAUCACGAGAGCGGCGUUUAUAGAUUGGAAUUUGUAUGGUCAUUUAUCUACAACUACCUAGGUAGGAUUUUUUGGCAGCUCAGGUUAGCAUCAGGCGGCGUUGUGUAUUCUUCACUUUGGGAAAGCAAGCUCGGUGUCAUAUCCAGAUUGGUUUCACUGUAUACUAUUACCAUUGAUGAUCAAUUACCACCAAAUAUU